UUUCAUGAUUCCAUCUAAUCCUUCCCUGUCUGUCUCUCUAUCUCUCUCUCUAAAAUAAAAUCCUUUUUCUUUUCACUGCGAAGCUGACCGCCUGACCCCUAGCUUGUGAGUGAGAGUUCCCUUCUCGUGGAUUUCUCUCUCUAUCUUUUUUCCGUAUUGUCCUUUUCCUUUCCUGUGUUUCUCUCUCCACACUGUUAUCACACACCUCAGCUUCAAUGGCUACUGAAGAGCUCACCAAACCUUCCUCUCUCCCCCCUUACCCACAGAUGAUUAUGGAAGCAAUAGAUGCAGUGAAAGAAGCGGAUGGUGCAAACAAGUCAACAAUAUCGAAAUACAUGGAGUCCAAGUACGGUGAAUUGGGCGGAACACAUACUGAUUUGCUGAACCAUCACCUAACCGCCAUGAAAGACAGCGGCGAGCUUGUGUUUGUGAAGAACAAUUACCUCCGGCCGAGCUCCGAUGCUCCUCCGAAGCGCGGGCGGGGACGCCCCCCGAAGCCCAAGGAUGCUCAGGCCGCAGUCGUGGCCCCAUCCCCAUCCCCUCGCCCCCGCGGCCGCCCAAAGAAGGACCCCAACGCCCCGCCCGCCGCGAAGAAGGCCAAGAGCUCUGCCCCGGCGGCUGCUCCGCCUAGCGGGAGGCCGAGGGGCAGGCCGAAGAAGGUGCAGCCGUUGCAGAAUGGUGUGGAGGCAUGAAGUUGAAGUUGUUCCAUGUUGAUUUGAGUUUUCUGUGACUUUCUAUGUUAUUAAGUUGAUGUUUGUAUCAAAUGAUCGGCCAUGUUUGAGAUUUAGUGUACUCGGGUAGCGUUUUAGAUGUAAAUUUGGUAAGUACUUGCUUAAUCAAAUGCUAUUUGCUGGUCAA